UUUACUUCUUAAAUAUUCUUUGUCUUUUAAGGUACUUGCAACAGACAUGUCAAAACACAUGAAUCUACUGGCUGAUUUGAAAACAAUGGUUGAGACUAAGAAAGUGACAAGUUCUGGAGUUCUUCUUCUUGAUAAUUAUUCUGAUAGGAUUCAGGUCCUUCAGAAUAUGGUGCACUGUGCAGACCUGAGCAAUCCAACAAAACCUCUCCAGCUGUAUCGCCAGUGGACUGACCGCAUCAUGGAGGAAUUCUUCCGCCAGGGGGACCGUGAGAGGGAGCGGGGCAUGGAGAUAAGUCCUAUGUGUGACAAGCACAAUGCAUCCGUGGAGAAAUCACAGGUGGGCUUCAUAGAUUAUAUUGUUCAUCCUCUCUGGGAGACAUGGGCGGACCUCGUGCAUCCUGAUGCCCAGGACAUUUUGGACACUUUGGAGGACAAUCGUGAAUGGUACCAGAGCACAAUUCCUCAGAGCCCGUCCCCAGCGCCUGAUGACCAGGAGGAGGGCCGGCAGGGUCAAGCCGAGAAGUUCCAGUUUGAACUAACUUUAGAAGAAGAUGGCGAGUCGGACACCGAAAAGGACAGUGGAAGUCAGGUGGAAGAAGACACUAGCUGCAGUGACUCCAAGACUCUCUGUACUCAAGAUUCGGAGUCUACUGAAAUCCCCCUGGAUGAACAAGUGGAGGGAGAGGCAGUAGGGGAAGAAGAGGAGAACCAGCCCGAAGCCUGUGUAAUAGAUCAUUCUCCUGACACGUAACAGUGCAAAGACUUUCACACCUUUUUUUUUUUUUUAAGUAGAAAAAUUGUUCCAAAGUGCAUGUCAUAUGCCACAACCAUGGUCACACCUCAUUGUCAUCUGCCAGGACGUUUGUUGAAUAAAACUGACCUUGACUACUCAGUCUGGCGCUCAGGAAUAUUGUAACCAGUUUUCUCACCUCCAUGUCAUCGGAGCAAGGGGGACAUCUUCACGAACAGCAUCUUAACAAUAUUUCAGCUUGGUACAGCUGAUGAAGCAGAGAAAAUCAACUCCAAAAUGUUUUGAAGGGAGUGUGGCUCAUCAGGGAGCCCAAAGGUUGAUAGGAUUUGGAGUUUUGUUUCUUUGUAUUUGUUUGCAAUAUUUUCAGCAGAAAAAUGGCAUUACACAGAGUGGACUGAUGGAUGAAGCAACAAAUGGGUCAGGAACAGGACACAGCAUGAAUCUGUUCCCAGGAUGAAGAUGAGCCACAGAAAUUGCAUAAUUUUCUAACUUCAAGUCUUCCUGAUACAUGACUGAAUAGUGUGGUUCCGUGAGCUGCACCGACCUCGACGUUUUGUAUGAUAUGUAAAACAGAUUUUUUGUAGAGCUUACUUUUAUUAUUAAAUGUAUUGAGGUAUUAUAUUUAAAAAACUAGGUUCAGAACUUCAUCUGCCACUGGUUAUUUUUUUCUAAGGAGUAACUUGCAAGUUUUCAGUACAAAUCUGUGCUACACUGGAUAAAUCUAAUUUACAAAUUUUACUUGCACCUUAUAGUUCAUAGCAAUUAACUGAUUUGUAGUGAUUCAUUGUUUUAUAUACCAAUGACUUCCAUAUUUUAAAACAAAACAAACUUUAUGUUGCAAGAAACCCUUUUUUGUAGGUCUUUGCUUUUGGUUUCACUCCUUCAAGAUAAGCAGAGUUGCUCUCCACUGACAUUUUUCUUCACAGUGUGCAAAGUGAAUGUUUGUUCUGUGAUACUUUGAUGUGUAUUCUGUCUAACGUGUCUUAAGCCUCACAGACACUCAGUCAUCAGUUGGUGUUGUCUGAAGCAAGUGAGAGGUAUAGAGAUACCCAGUAGCUAAAAUGGUCAGUCUUUUUUAGAUAUUUUCCUAGUGUCUUCUGGUAACUUUUUGCUGUGUCAGUAGACCCUCAUUUCACAAGUGCAUGUCUUUGUAACAACCCAUACAUUUCAUGCUCAUUUUUAUUGUUUCCACAGUCAGUUAUAGUAAGAAAAACUUCUCUUCCCCAUGUGCUGCUUUAUUAUUUAGCAUGUGUUUGAACUUCUGUCCGUGUUCACUAGAUGAGGUGUUCUCAGAUAUAUCCCCACCAUUCUGAAGGCUGAGAAGAAACAGGUAGUCAGGGUAGAGUCAGCAUUCCUUUCUAGUGGAAGGUCAUAUGUAAUGACUAGCUUCUAGUCGAUUUACAGAGAAAACUUAACAGCUAACUAGGCAGUUAACAGUGUUAGCCAAAUAUAUUAAUGAACUCCAGUACAACUCAUGCUCUUUUGUUUCUAUGAUUUCACCAUGGAAUCAAGAACAAUAUGAGGAAUAUUCUUGAGAAGUGAUUUUAAGUGUAGCAACUACUCUUCCUUAAUGGACAGCCACAUAACAUGUGGGAAUUGCAUUAUCAGUUAUCAUUGGUCCAUAACUAUGUCUUACAGAGGAGAACUUGUUCAAAUACACUGACAGAAAGAAGUUGAUGACACCACUGGCACCAGAAGUUUGGUACUAUAAUGCUGUCCUAUAUUACUGGAUUGGGUAAGAAGAUCCUGCCUAAAUAAAAAAUUAGAGAUCACUCUUGGCUGAAUUUAGUACCAAGAAAUAUAAUUUUAGAGAUUAAUUCCCAGUAUUUACCUUCAGUUUGAUAUAUCUUGGGGCAGUUAUUUAGUUUGAACUUUAUUCCCAUUUCAGCUCUUAAUAAUGUGUUUAACUGCUUUCUGAAGAGUAUAGAGUUCAAAUAAUCAUUUUUCACAUUGAUAUCCAAGAAUUGAAGUAGAGAACAAAGGGAUAUCUAACCAAGUGGAAAUGCAGCAUUUAAGAAAAAUUAGAACCCUGAAACACAUUCAUAUUUGGGAUGUCUCAAGGAGCCCUCUGGGGACUAAUAAGUAAGUCAUCAACCAGGGAAAUGGCCCAAGCUGAAGACAGUCCCUACUUUAAUCCCCUGAGACCCACUAAUGCUUAGAACAUUUGAUAGAAAAGUUAUGUAGCUCUAAUCUGCUCUUAGAACAGAAUACGAAUCAACUAAUUAUCUGAUUUCCACCCUCCUCCUCCUGUCAAAAUCAGACAGUAAUCUUUCAAACACAGUCCUUUGUUUGGCCAAAUGGUUCCACAAAAGCACUUGGAAACUUUUUCUCAUUUAAUUUUAUUUGCUCCUAAUGAAGGUGUAGAAGAAAAGAAAAAGAAUGUAGGGUUAAUUCCUUUUCCCAAAAUACUCUCAUUCCCUUCCUUCAUUAAUGCUUGGCAUUUCCCCCACAGAGUGCCUAGAAUCUUAAUAAUGAAAAACAACAGCAGCAAUAUGUCACAAAUCCAGACCUGAAAGGGUUUAUACUGCACUGAAAUAGAGAGAGGCUUUUUUUUUUUCAUUUGGUUGGGUUUUAGUGGUCACGUGUUGUGAAGGUGCCCACCAAUGGACAAUCAAAUUGUAGAAGAGACGUAAUAUCCAACAGACAGGGACUAAUGCACUGUAUAGGCAUAUAUCCUCUCCCUUUCUCUUUCUCCUUCCCUCUCGCCAAAGUGUGCUUCAGAAUUCUACACUGCUUUAAAAAAAAACAUCAUUUAUAAGUGGCUUUACAUUUCCUAAAAUGCCAUAAGAAAAUGCAAUAUUUGGUACUGUAUGGGGAAGAGAUGUCCCAAGUUUGCAUAAAACCAGUACCUUUCAGCUUGCAAGUUACUAAACACAAUAAUGCUGUUUUCAUUUUAUUUUCUUUUACAUCACAAAAUCCCUAAGAAAAUGUAGACAGAACAAAUUGCAGACAAGGAAAAAAAAACUUGAAUGAAAUCGAUUUUGCAGAAAGCUUUAUGAUAAUUUUUGAAUGCAUUAUUUAUUUUUUGUGCCAUGCAUUUUCUUCUCACCAAAUGACCUUACCUGUAACACAGUCUUGUUUGUCUGUUUACAACCAUGUAUUUAUUGUAAUGUACAUACUGUAAUGUUAAUUGUAAAUUAUCAGUUAUUAAAACAUCACCCCAUGAUGGGAUGGUGUUGAUAUAUUUGGAAAUUCUUGGUGAGAGAAUGAAUGGUGUGUAUACAUACUCCCUGUACAUUUUAUUUUAUCCUGUAAUAUGGUCUUGUCACCUUAGAGCUUGUUUAUGGAAGAUUCAAAGAAACUAUAAAAUACAUAGAUAUAUAAAUUUAAAAAACAUAGCUGCAGGUCUUUGGGCUCAGGGCUGUGCCUUAACUUUAACCAAUGUUUUCUUCUGUUUUGCUGCAUUUGAACGAAAGGUAAUGGUGGGGCUAGGGCUGGGCAUUUUGCAUCGGAUCUUUGAAUCAAUUGGAUUAGCAGUAGUAGCUGGAUUUUACAAAACCACAGGCAAACUCUGGAAGAAUCUGAGACCCUUUUAAGAUACAAGCUCUUACGUAUUUCUUGCCAUGAGGCAGCAUUGCAUAUAUGUGUGUUUUCCCUAUCUGUUGAUCAGGAUCUACGUCAGUUAGUGACAUUUGUUUUUAACUUUCAAACACUACUGGAAAAAUAUAUUCUUAUCUGGUGAUUAUAAAAAGUUUCUGGCUUCUGGAGCACAUAGGCAAAUGAGCUUGAUUUAGAAACCAGAGCCACAAGUCACACAUGUAAGUUAACCAUUAAUCAGCUUCCUGUCAUGUGAAGAGAACAUAUAAUAUGAAAAGGUCAAUUUUUAACCCUGAAAGUUUUCUUCAGUUAAGAUCAAAUAUCCCUGUGUAUGUAAAUCCAUGUAUGUAAACAAUACCAAUUCAUAUUCCUUUAGAACCGUACAUUUUAACCUGUGCCAGCUCCCAAACUCUAUGAAAAAUUCCCAGUGGUUGAUGAGAAUACUGCCUCCCACUCUGCCCAGCCCUCUGAACACAUGACUUAGUGAGAGAUUCUUUUUCUAGGAAAAAUGAGCCUCCUAUUAUUUUAUUUUAUUUUGACACAAACUGUAGAUUUUAGCAGCCCUGGCCCAAAGGAAUUUGAUUACUUUUGUUUUAAACAGUACAAAGGGGACACUAUAAUUACAAAAAAACAUCCUCACUGAUUUUAGUUGUUUUUAAUUUUAUUUCCUUGGCUGUGUUUUCAGAGUGGUAAAUUGUGUGUGAGCAUUACAAAUGAUGAUUCUUUUAGUGGUUUCUUAGCCUCUCUUACAGCCCAUGGGGAUAGUACUGUACAUCAAUACCUUCAUAUGAAAUUUUUAUAUGCAAUGAAAAUAAAAGCAUGGGUUGAUUCUGCCUA